AUGUCAUUUGACAUAUUAUCAAGAUGUUAUUUGAAUACUUUGAAACAAUUCAGGCUACUACUACCUGCAAGAUCAUUAUCCUCAACAACAACAACAACAACAACAACAACAACCUCGCUACCCACUUCAAAGGAAAAGAUCAUAUAUAAAUUGACUGAUCAACAAGUGAAGAAAUAUUAUUAUCUAAUAAAAAUGAUUGAUCAUCAACAUCUGUAUUUAAUCAAUGAUAAUACUGGUACUACUACUAGUACUACUACUACUUCUGGUGAUUUGAAAUUAUUUGAUAAGAUAAAUUCAGAAUGGAAACAUAAAUCCCAAUCAGAUCGAAAUAGAUUAAAAGAAGCAUUUGAAAAUAUUAUUUAUGAUAUGAAUCAACAUAAAUCAAUUGAAAUCAUUACUGAUACUGAUACUAAUAACAACAAAAAAGAUAUUAAAUGUCAAGAAUUUCAUAUAAUGCAAUAUAAAUAUAAUCAAAAUCAAGCUACUGGAGCUAUAUUUAGUAGGAAAAAAUUAUCUAUAAAUUCAAUACUUAAAUAUUUCAUUUAUUCUGAAAUUAAUAACACAUAUGGAAAUGGGAGUAAAAUUUGUUUUUAUGAACAAGAUAAUAAUACAAAAUUGAAAAUUAUUAAUGAAAUAAAACGGAAACGAUGGGUUAAACUUUCAUCUAUACAAAAAAAUGAACUUAUGAAACAAUAUAAUGAUUUAAUAAUGAAAGGAUAUGAAAUUGAUGAAAAAAAUGAUUAUCAAUUAAUUAAAAUAAAUCAUGAUAAUUUUAAUAUAAUGAGGAAAGUUGGAGAAGAUGAUUGUUUCCCUAUUACUACUACUACUACUACUACAACCACAACAAAAGAGGGUGGUGGUGGUAAUAAAGUGAAAUAUAACACUAAAUGGCCAACUUUAAUAAUUAAACAUAAUUUAACUACAGGAUAUUGUAAAAUUGAUGGAGUAUCAUUAUUAGAUGGAUGUGAUUAUUAUUUAUGGAAAAAUUUAUUUAAUCAAAAUAUAUAUGAUUAUGAAAAAUAUCAAAUUUUCAAACAAAAAUGGAUGGAAUUAACUCCAAUGGAACAAUUUCAAUAUCAACAAGAAUAUACCAAUAUUUUGAAAUCAGGUAAAAUAUUACUUUUUGGGGAAUUACAAUCAAUUACACCAAAAUUAAUUGAAGAAUCAAAUGUUAUAAAAAUUAAAUAUUCAUCAAUAUGGGGUGAACAAUUUAAAUCAAUAACUUAUAAAACUUGUAAAACUUGUAAAACUUCUAAAACUCCAAUUAAAUUAGAUAAUUUACGAUUUUUAAUUAAUCAAACAGUUGGGAAUAUAAUUAUUAUUGGAAAGAAUAAAAAUAACAACAAGAAUUUUGAUUAUGCAUGGAAUUAUUAUUUUGCCAAAAGAUUAAAUCAAUUACAAUUGAAUGGUAUUACAAGAAUAAAUGCUAUUAAUGAUAAUCAUCAAUUAAUAAUAAUUAAACAAGAAUGGGAAAAUAUGACACAAGAAGAAAAAUCAAAAAUUGAUAUAGAAUAUGAAAAUUUAUUAUUAUCAGGUAAAGAUUAUUUAAAUGGAGAAAUAGUUACCAUUAAGAAGAAAUUAUCAUCAAUGAUGAUGAUGAUGAUGAUGAAGAAGAAGAAUAAUAAUCAAGGUAUAAACUUAAUUGAUGAAAUAUUUGGACAAGAUUUAGUUAUUCCAUCAAAAUCAAGAAGAGGACCAGGUGGAUAUAAAGUGAAAACUUCAAUACCAGUAUUAAUUGAUCAAAAAUCAGGUAAAGGGAUAUUAUUAGAUAAAAUAGAUUUAGUAUAUGCUUAUAAUUAUUAUUUUGGAUUGAAAUUAAACAAGUUGAAAUUGGGUAAUGAUUAUGAUUGUGAAGGUAACCUUAAUCGUAAUCAUCAUACUGUGGAUAAUAUUUCUCAAAUUGAAAAUCAAUGGAUUUUAAUGCUGGAAAAAGAUAAAUUGAAAUAUAAAUCCGAUUAUGAAUCAUUAUUACGUGAUGGGAAAGAUAUGUUACAUGGAGAAAUAGUUUCAUUAUGGGAGAAAUUUUCUGCUAAUAAAACUAUAUCAUCAAAGAAAAUAAGUGGUCAAGGAUUGAAAAGGGCAUUAUUCCCCAAAUCAAAUAUUGAUUUUACCGUGAAAUUGAUAUCAAAUGAUGAUGAUAUUAAUAAAGGAAUUGAUAAGAAAUUUGUAUUAUUUGGAGAAUUGAGUGAUAAUAAAUUAUAUCAAUAUUAUAAAUAUCAUAGAUUACAAGAAGAAAGUAUUACUAAUAUGGAAAAUCAUUUACAAACUUUACAAGCAAUUAAAUCUGAAUGGGAUGAAAUGAAUGAACAAGAUAAACAAGAAAUACGAAAAGCUUAUGAAUUAUUAUUAAUAUCAGGUAAAGAUAUUAAAAAUAAUGAAUUAAUUGAUAUUGAUAUUGUUAGUUAA